GGCAAAUUCGAAAAAAAAUUCGAAAUGUUCUCGAAUGGGGACAUCGACUCUACUCGUAGAUCUACGCUGAUCGAUGAUGCCUUGAUGGAGAAGAAUGGGUCGCCCCAAGAAGACAGCUUCAGCUGCGUCCACGAAUAAGAUUCAUCAGCGAAGAGGAGCAGCCCCUAAACAAGUUCAAGAUGCCAUUGAACGCCAUCGCGCAGACGAGGCUGUCGCUGCCAAAGAGGAAAAAAUUCAGCAAUUGAAGAAUUCUCUUCACAAGACCACCGCCUCCAUCUGCACAGGACUGGAAAAAGAGCUCGGUCAGCAAUUUUCUCCUGCCUUUGUGAAGGCUAUGGCUGAAGCAAGCUACCACUUUGCAGAGACCGUUGCCAAGGACGUAGAAGCCUUUCGCAAGCAUGCGAAGAGAGCAACGGCCAUGGUCGAUGAUGUCAAGCUAUGCACUCGUCGAAGCAGAAGUCUGCACUCUGCAAUUAGUGAGUAUGCAGAGCAGCUGAGCGCCAGCCGGUCUGCGGAGCGGCCGCACAAGUCAGCAUCAGAGGCAGCAGCAGCGGCGGUGGCACUGGAUGAUGCUGAACCUCUGGAUCCACAGCUGGUUCUCAGUGACACAGAGGAUCAGAUCACCGCUGCCAUGCAGGACUGUGAUGAAAUGGAGGACAUCCUGUGAGUCCAGGCUACAUCAACUAGUCCUGUAGUAGCUGGUGCUCCUAGUGCGCUGUGUUUCCACAUCAUGGCACCUAGUAAGGUCCCACUGCACCCAUCACAUCAGCUGCUGUGUGAUACUGGUCGGGCACACAACAGAUAAACUCUGUCAAGAAUAUAGCCUCUGCAAAUCGGCUUUCCCUCUAUUGGAGUACUGCCAGCUUUAGACUUCACCAAACAAUGCUGAAAGAAUGGACAAUGAAUACGAAAUUCCAGCACCUUGUUCAACACCAGGAUCUAAUCUUUCCCCGCUCAGUUUGCCUCUUGAUCAGUCCGAAACAAGCAAGAUUCAACAAUGUACAAGUAUGAUCGUGCAGUUUUCCUACAAGAACUAGCAAUCAAUCAGAUGUCAUGGCUAGGUCAUUGCCGCCUGCCUUGAAGACGAUCAUCAACACUCAGCAACACCCAACCAAGCUGUAUAUUAUCUUCAGUGACUUGUCCCGUUGUGGCUCCUUCCAGGUUGAGCAAUGUGGCCAGUCACAGUCCGGCGAUAAAGAUCCAUGAUGUCCAGAACAGCUUUGACAGUACAGCGUGUUGAGUUGCUCGUGUACCCUCCUUGCCGGGGGACCACACCACUGCUACAAGUUUUCCAUUUGUUCUGGUGCCAAGUGCCCUUUUUAUUGCGACCUGACAAAAUUUUAAUAUGAGUCGCUCCUUUACGAAGGCGCUGCGGUACUUCUUGGACUCGUGCUGGAACGGCUUUUUAGUUGCGAUGUUUUUACUUUCACCUUGUUGGUUGCAUGCAUGGUAGGAGUGACACUGAGUCCUUUCCUCCAUGGAUGACCAGGCUCAUGUGGCUGGGCACUGGGCUUGCACUGUACCAAGUACAGUGUACUGAUAGUUGAACUAGAUUAUACUUGUUGCUAUGCAUGCCUCACUACUUGUCACACAACAUACACCUUAUGUUAUAUUUUUUCUUCAAUACGGGCCAUUGAUGUUUCUGUGCAAAAGACCUUUUUUGUAUUAUUUCAGCCUGUUUAUGCCCGCAUAGAAUGGAGCACACUGCAUUACUGGCACUGCGCUGCCGAGGCUUUUUUCAUUGAUGGCAUUUUCUUUUACCUCGAAUGGUUCUUUACAAUCUGUAUCACAAUUUGUGGGUUCAGCAAUAAAGGAUGUCACCACUGAGGUGCAAUGGUAA